CCGUCGCCGCCGCUCCUCCGCCCCCCCGCCCGCCCCCAGCGUCCCGCGGCCAUGGCGGAGCUGGAGCUGGGGCAGCACUGCGGGGUGCCCGACUGCCGCCAGCUCGAUUUUCUCCCCUUUAUAUGUGAUGGCUGUUCAGGUGUCUUUUGCCUUCAGCACAGGAGCCGGGAUGCUCAUGGGUGUUCUGAGGUGAAUAUAAGAAACAAUUCUGUAAAACCUGACCAGCACAGGUCUUACCCAUGCUCAUACAAGGACUGUAAUGGAAAGGAGCUUUUGCCAGUUUUAUGUCCCUUCUGCGAAAAACAUUUUUGCCUAAGACAUCGCCAUCAAUCAGACCAUGAAUGUGAGAAGCUGGACACGCCGAAACCUCGAAUGGCUACCACCCAGCAGCUAGUUAAAGAUAUUAUAGAUUCUAAAAAAAGUGAGGAAGCAAAAAGCAAAAAACGCAAAGGAGCAAAAAACAGUGAGACUGCAGCAAAAGUGGCAUUAAUGAAACUGAAAAUGCAUGCAUGUGGGGACAAGGCCUUACCUCAGACAGAAAGAAUUUACUUUCAAGUAUUUUUACCAAAGGGGAACAAAGAGAAAAGCAAACCUAUGUUCUUUUGCAGUAAGUGGAGUAUUGGCAAAGUAGUAGAUUUUGCAGCUUCCUUAGCAAGCCUUAAAAAUGACAACAACAAAUCAACAUCCCAGAAAUUGAGAUUAUGCCAUACUGCCUCUGGAGAAGCCUUGCCAUUUGAACAUACACUGGAACACUGGCUAUCUGAUAAAGACUAUCCACUGUACAACGGAGGAAAUAUAAUUCUGGAGUAUCUUGAUUAUGAUGUUCUAUUUAUAGAAGAUACAGAGUCAUACUUUAGUUAGUAAAUUAUUACAAAAAAAAAAAAAAGGCAAGAUUUUUUAGAAGCAUGGUAUUUGAGCAAAUCCAGUUUUCUUUUAAAAUCACUGGUAUGCCAGAAUCUCCUCAGUUUUAAAGACAGUUCCCAUCAAUUUCCAGGUUGCUUGACUGACAGAAGAACAAAUUCAUGAAAGGAAAAUUAGUUAUUAUAAUAACUAAUAUUACAGAUAUUUCCAUUCUAGAAUAACUUCUUGCUCUAUUGAGCUGUAUAAUAUCAAGAAUGUUUUCUUAAUUUUUAUAUUUAUUUUUGUGUAAAUGUCGGGGACAGUAUGUAUAAAUAAAUAAUGAAAAUGUAAACUUGCAGUGUAUCAGUUCUCUGAAGGAAAGAAAUACAUUACACUAUUGCAGCAUC